UGAAAAAACAGCCGCGCCGAACUGUCAAUCUGCGCGCGACCCAGACAGACCUCGGCCCUGCGGCCCGCGGUGAGAGACGCGUCAUUGUUGGCCGAGAGCCGCUGAUUCCGAUGAAACGCGCGCUGCGAUUGGCUGGCCUCCCCGAGAUGCUCGCGCACACGUCUCUCUCCCUUUGUUAUUGUAGUGAGCGAGAGUUGAGGCUUCGGGAGCAGCAGGAUGUGCGCGGGGAAGCGGAGCGGCUGAUUGACUGAUAUCGGCUCGGAGGGACGAAGACUCACACAGCCGUUAGAGUUGACGGGGGCGCGGGAGCCAGAAAAUAGCCGGGAUCGCGCACCGAUUCCCAUCUGUCCCCUGCAUUUAAAGUUGUUCUUUUCAUGUGUGAGUGAGGAUGUCGGUGAACCCCCCCAGCAGCAGUGAUGCCUGCCUGAGCAUCGUGCACAGCUUGAUGUGCCACCGGCAGGGCGGUGAGAAUGAAGGCUUUGCCAAGCGUGCCAUUGAGAGCCUCGUCAAAAAGCUGAAGGAGAAGAAGGAUGAGCUGGACUCGCUGAUCACAGCCAUCACAACCAAUGGGGUGCAUCCCAGCAAGUGUGUCACCAUUCAGAGGACUCUAGAUGGCCGACUGCAGGUCGCUGGGCGAAAGGGCUUCCCUCAUGUCAUCUAUGCCCGGCUGUGGCGCUGGCCUGAUCUGCACAAGAACGAGCUCAAGCAUGUCAAGUUCUGCCAGUUUGCCUUUGACCUCAAGUAUGACAACGUUUGUGUGAACCCCUAUCAUUAUGAGAGGGUGGUGUCGCCCGGCAUCGUGGGCCUUAGUAUCCAGAACACAGGUCGGCUCAUCAAAGAGGAGUACAUUCAUGAUUGCAUACAGAUGGAUGUCCCUCCCAGAAUGCCCUCCCAAUCCGAUCACCAGGGUGCGUUGAAGCUGCGUCCCCCUGAGCACUAUAGCCAGCCCUUGCCACCGCUGCAGUUACCUCCUGAGCCACCCCGUGCACCCCCGCCUGUCACCCUGUACCCCAACAUCCCUAUGUCCCCACCCGCUACCAGCUCCAUGCUGUCCAUGCAAGGAGGGCACGGCGAGGGACUCCUGCAGAUCGCCUCACCUCAAGGCCAAGGCAUGGCUCCGACGCCACCCCCCUCGACUCCCACGCAUGUUCCACCCCAGCCCCCUCCCCCUCAGAAUGGCUACAGCAACUCCAAACACACAUCAGGCCAAGGAGCGUUCCGCACCACGUGGACAGGCAGCAGCACGGCCUCCUACACUCCCAUAGGACCCCAGCAGACUGGACGGGGUCACCAGCAGCCGCCCCUCCACCACCCUUCCCAUUAUUGGUCUCAGCAUCAAAAUUCAACCUCCUUUCCUCCACCUGUUUCCAGCCAUCCAGGCCCAGAGUUCUGGUGCUCCAUCUCCUACUUUGAGAUGGAUGUGCAGGUUGGGGAGAUGUUCAAGGUUCUGGCCAGCUGCCCAGUGGUGACUAUCGAUGGCUAUGUGGACCCUUCUGGAGGUGACCGCUUCUGUCUGGGCCAGCUAAGCAACGUGCACCGCACUGACGCCAGCGAGAGGGCCAGGCUGCACAUUGGGAAAGGGGUGCAACUGGAGUGUCGCGGGGAGGGUGAUGUGUGGAUGCGCUGCCUGAGCGACCACGCCGUUUUCGUUCAGAGCUACUACCUGGACCGGGAGGCAGGUAGAGCACCAGGUGAUGCUGUGCACAAAAUCUACCCCGGGGCAUACAUCAAGGUGUUUGACCUGCGCCAGUGUCACAGGCAGAUGCAGCAGCAGGCAGCCACCGCCCAGGCUGCCGCAGCCGCACAGGCCGCUGCCGUGGCGGGGAAUAUCCCAGGACCGGGCAGCGUAGGCGGCAUCGCCCCGGCAGUCAGCCUAUCUGCAGCUGCGGGCAUCGGGGUGGACGACCUGCGGCGGCUCUGUAUCCUGCGGCUCAGCUUUGUGAAGGGCUGGGGGCCAGACUACCCCCGACAGAGCAUCAAGCACACCCCCUGCUGGGUGGAGGUGCACCUGCACCGGGCACUGCAGCUGCUGGAUGAGGUCCUGCACACCAUGCCGCUGGCCGACCCUGGGCCUGCCAACUGAGCCGCUGCAGUGGGGCAGCCACUGACAGCGGGCUUUUGUGUUGCUCCAACCUUGCAUGCUUUUGUCCACACGUGCGAAUAUGUGGGCUGACUCGGCUGACGUCUUUGAUGCAGGCAGAUCGUGGGAUUAGAUUUUCAGAGGCCCCGCUGAAGUCACAGACCCACAGUCACAGCAGAAGCACAGAAUGCAGCUGCCCUGCCCUGCUCUAAAAUAAUACCACACCGGCAUGCAUAACAAUUCUUUCUCCCUUCUCUGGGCUUAGAGAACUAACACAAUGGCCCGCUUUAUGGCUAAGGAGAGGACGCUGGACCGAACUGCCCGAAAUGUAAAACUAACAGCAGGCUGAAUCGCACUGAGAGACCUUGGGCUGCUGAAGAUGUGUUCAGUGAUGCUCAUGAUGCUCAGUGAAUCCCUGCAAAGUCAUCCACCCUCAGUAAUAAGACACUUUUGCCACAGCAUCUCAAGAACCAAAACCAAGAGAAGAGUUAAAGAAUUAUAUACAUGCAUUUCUUGCUGCUGAAGUGCUUUUUGUUUUCCUGUUAUAGUUAUCAGCAUAACCGUUAGUUGUAUUUAACUAGCUUUACUUGUUGGGAUUUUUUUUCUCAAGCUCACAUUCUUCUUCUGCCAAAAUGCAAAAAUACCAAAACAGAAAACCAAAAAACAGAGUAGUGUUGAUGAUGAUUAUACAGAGUAAUAUGUGAUCAUUGCCAAAAUUGCAUAACUCACCAAAGUCAAAUUAUAGUACCUCAGACAGUGUGAGCUCACAUUUUUAUAUCAGUAUCCACAGGUGAAUAAUGUAUAUAUGUAGUCUCUGAUCCUUGAUCCUGGGGGUUUGGCCUGUGAAACAAUAGAUUACUUUAUAAGGCUAAACUCAUCAGUUUGGCGAUUCAGUACAUUCCACCUGAAAGGCCCCAAGUAUGAGGUUCCAUCUGAUCCUGCAACUUCGUUGUAUUUCCCUUCUUUUGGGAACUACAAAAUUGAGUCUUGCUCAAGAAAAUUGAUGUUUGGCUUUUCUUACCAAGGCCUAGUGUUAGAGGCGUAGAAUUAGAUUUUUUUCAGUUUUAAAUUUUGUAAUUUAUUUUUUUCUCUGUGUCUCGUUUUUAUGACUAUUUGUUGCAUUCCAGCUCUCACCGAUGUUUGUUAAAACAAACCACAAAAUUGACAGAGUACGCACACACACUGUCUGAAACCCCUUGUCCCUAGC